AAGCACACUCACCUGAGAAAGGCGACCAUAUCUAUACGCAAUAGUGAAGCGCAAACGAAGACUCACGGCCGCCUCCUACGCCUCCUCCGACUUUGCGACUGAAGACGAGACUCCUCCGGACGACUCUCCUUCCUCGAACGAUAACAACGGACCUACCGCGAACAUGCCAAUGCCGUCGAAAGCUCCUGAUGCUGAAGAGGCGAAGCAAUCUCUCUUCUCCUACGCGAAAGCAUGGGGUGAGAACCCUCUCCCACCGACCCUCCUCGCGACCCUGAUCACGGCGCAACACUUCCGACCCUUCCAAACCCUACCUAUGCUAUUCCCACCGGUCCUGCUCUUCUCCUCGUACCUCAACGUCCAAGGAUUCAAGAAAGACAGCGCGGGCAUGAUGAGUGCGUGGUCGUUGGCGUACUUUGUGUUGGCAAGAAGGAGGCACCAGCCAUUGAGACAGAAGUUUGGAGUAAGAGGUGUGGUCAGAGGUGCGACGGUCGGACUCUGUGCGGUCAAUGCGUUGGCGGGAGGAUGGACCUAUUGGACGGCGAAGAAGGCGGAUGUGCCGGAGGUGUAG